GUUGUUUUGUACAGAAGUUAGUUGUGGAAGUUUGGAGCGGCUCCUGCGGGUUUUAGCUGUGGUUCAGGGUAAAGUAAAUGCAGCGGCGGGUCGCUGAGAGUCUCCCCGGGUUCUGCAGCUGCGGGUCGGUGUAAUAGAGGAGGAACAGCCAGGGGAAAUGCUGAGCUGCAGUGAGGAGGAUCCGGGGGAUUUCAGGCUGAAGUUUCGGCUGCACUGCCUGGUGUGGGAGAAUGACUACAGGAGCCUGGAAAGGGAGCUGCCCACGCACAACGUAGAGGAGGUGGACCCCCGGGGCCGGACCCCGCUGCACCUGGCCGUGUCUCUGGGUCACCUGGAGUCCGUCCGAGUGUUGCUGAGACAUGGAGCUGAGGUGACCAAAGAAAAUUCCAAAAACUGGACUGUCCUCCAGGAGGCGGUCAGUACCGGAGACCCGGAGAUGGUGCAGCUGGUUCUGCAGCGGCGUGAUUACCUCAAAGCCUCCACAGCACUAGGGGGCGUGCCAGAGUUACUGUGCAAGAUCCGAGAGUCUCCAGAUUUCUACAUGGAGAUGAAGUGGGAGUUCACCAGUUGGAUCCCGCUGGUGUCCCACAUGUGUCCCAGUGAUGUGUGUCGGAUCUGGAAGAGCGGGGCCAGUCUGAGAGUGGACGCCACCCUGCUGGGCUUCGAGAACAUGACCUGGCUCAGAGGCAGACGCAGCUACAUCUUCAAAGGAGACGACAGCUUUGCGGAGCUGAUGGAGGUGAAUCACGAGGAGGAGGUGGUGGACACGGAGCGCUUCGACAUCUCCCGCGAGAUCGAGGAGGUCACGCUUGACUCCAUGGAGCCCAACGAACAGGAAGUGGCCAAGCGUCUGACCACGCCCAUCGUCAACACCUACCUGGAUACCAAGGACAUCUCAUUCGAGAGGUGCAAAUCUGGAAUCUGGGGCUGGAGAACAGACAGGACGGAAGUGGUGAACGGGUUUGAAUCUAAGGUUUUCUCUGUGAAUAACGUGAACGUUGUGAUCCGGACGAGAACGGAGCACCUGACUGAUGAAGAGAAGGCCAGAAUAAAAAGUAAAAGAAAUAUCCUGGAAUCGUUUCUGGGGACGGUAGAGCAGCAGGUCAGCGCUCAGGGGGACUUGACUUUAGAAUACGCCACAGCUACAAACCCCACAGCCAUCACUCCAGAGGAGUACUUUAACCCAGACUUCGACCUGGAGGACCGAGACAUCGGCCGACCCAUCGAGCUCACCAUCAGAACCCAAAGGUUUAAGGGCACUCUGUUUAUGAGUGAGGAGCACCCCCUGUCUCUGGUGGAGCAGGUGACCCCCAUCAUCGACCUGAUGGCCCGAACCAGCACACACUUCGCCCGCCUCCGAGACUUCAUCACCCUGCGCUUCCCUCCAGGAUUCCCCGUCAAGAUCGAAAUUCCUCUGUUCCACGUUCUGAACGCUCGCAUCACAUUUGGAAAUGUCAACCAGUGCAGCACAGAUGAUCCGCUGGACCCGACGCAAACAUCCGCAACGCCUUCACCAACCGCCGAGACCUCAGACCGGGGCAGUGAAGCCUCAGGUGAUGUCCCGUUCCAGGUGUGUCCCUCUGUGUUCACCGUACCUGCUCAUUACCGUAUCCGCGGGGGCAACAGACACGGUGGUCCACGUCACCAGGUGUCCAACCACGACGAGGAGCUGCUGCAGUACGCCAUUCACCAGAGCCUGCUGGAGUCCGGCGGCUACAGCCCACAGGAAUCGUGGGGAGAUUCUAAUGGAGUUCUGCCACAAGGAAUGGUGAACAGUCUCAGUGAUGGGACUGUCUCUGAAGGCGUGCCGGACCUGGACACCACUCCCACCAGUUCCUUCUCCGCCUCCAGUCCGGACUCGGACCUGCGGCUGGCCAUGGAGAUGUCCGCUCGAGCUCAGGAGGAGGAGGAGAAGAGGAGGAGAGAGGAGGAGGACGAGCUGGAGAAGAUCCUGCAGCUUUCGCUCACGGAGAAAUGAGUUAAUGCUCAUAUCGGACGAGGAGGAAGAGGAGGAGCAGGAAGAGGAAGAGCCGGCGAAAGACAAAAGGGCGAAUCCUUUUUGUUUCCUGUCGUUGCCAUAAACCUCCGGUUUCUUCAUCUGCACUCAAGUUCUGAUGCAGCAGCCACUUCCCUCUCCUCCUCCUCCAUUCUUCAUCAUUCACACUUCUUCAUACGGAGAACAUCUCCUCCUUUCUUAACCUUCAGUGUGAGACCUUCACAGUUCCUUUAACUCAUAUCUGAUGAUCACAGAGGAUUAUUAUUAUUUUUAUUUUUUAAGAUUUAUCACGCGUAUCGUACGGAUAACUCUCUCUUUCUGCCUCUCUUCCUGAGAUUGGGAGAGGAACUCUGAGCUGCUUCAUUGAGAUGAGAUUAUGUUGAGGACGCAGUGUGUGUGUGUGUGGUCGUAAACGUCUCUGAAAGGCCAAACGUGGAGUGUGUGUUUGAGCGAAUGAAUGAAUGUGUGUUCAUGCUUGUGGUAUAAGUAGCAGAACUGUUUAAGUAAGGUGUCUUCAGUUUGUUUUUUAGCGUGGGCUUUCCUGUUGUUACCGUAUCUCAGGGUUCUCAUUGGUUCCUGUAGAAAUUUCAGUGCUUCACCAACAAACGUGUUCUUUCAUAGCGGUUCUGUUCUGUUUUCGUAGCUCUUGAAAUUGUAGCACAGUUUUGAAAAUUGGACCUUUCAUGGUUUUAAUUUGGUGCCAUUUUUAAUAGAAUUCUGUAAAGCUUGAUUGACGUAGCAAAAUCUUGUCUAAACCCUGAUCAGAAGCUUCCGCCGUUCUGUAAAGUUUUUGAAAGUUUGUGAAGGUGAGACUAGUAGCUACCAGAGUUCUGUAGUAUUUAUCCAAACCAAGCAAAUAAUAGCUACCAACGGUCUGUAAAACAUGUCCCUCAAAACCCUCAAAAGUAGCUACUGCCACUCUGUAAAAACUUUACAAGAGUUUGUAGUUUGUAGUUUGUCUGAACUACAACUAGCUACUCCCAAUCUGUAAAAUUAUGUAAAGUUUUUCCAGACCUCAACUAGCUACUCCCACUCUGUAAAGUUCUGCAAAGUCUGUCCAAACUACGACUAGCUCCUACCAAUCUGUAAAGAUCUGUAAAGUUUGUCUAAACUACAACUAGCUACUCCCAAUCUGUAAAGUUCUGUAAAGUCUGUCCAAACUACGACUAGCUCCUACCGUUCUGUAAAGUCUGUCCAAACUACAAGUAGCUACUGCCACUCUGUAAAGUUCUGUAAAGUAUGUUUAUAAAGUUUGUCUAAUCUACAAACAGUAGCUACCAACCUUCUGUAAAGUUUGUUUCCAAUCUAUAAACAGUAGCUUCCAACCUUCUGUAAAGUUUAUCCAAUCAGGUAACAGAAGCAACCAACCUUUUGUAAAGUUUACCCAGUCUAGAAACAGUAGCUACCAACCUUCUAUAAAGUUUGGGCAAUCUACAAACAGUAGAUACCAACCAUCUGUAAAGUUUGUCCAAUCUACAAACAGUAGAUACCAACCUUCUGUAAAGUUUGUCCAAUCUACAAACAGUAGAUACCAACCAUCUGUAAAGUUUGUCCAAUCUACAAACAGUAGAUACCAACCAUCUGUAAAGUUUGUCCAAUCUACAAACAGUAGAUAUCAGUCUUCUGUAAAGUUUGUCCAAUCUACAAACAGUAGAUACCAACCUUCUGUAAAGUU